CCGACACACGACGCUCAGCUGCCGGCGUCAGACACAGUGACCGGGGCAGAGGACGCAGGACGCAGGACGCAGGAGGCAGGACGCAGGACGCAGAUUCAGGAGGACGCAGGACUCGUCGGGGACGCAGUCGGUGGAGGUGCGUCAUCUGAGGAGAGAUAAAUUACAGAGCAGCGUGACACCGAGGAGUCCCGUCGGGAUCUGAGACGGAGGAAUUCUGGUCCUGGUGGUGCAGACGGACCCCGACUCCGACCCCCCCGCCUUCCUGCAGGGACCAGCUGUUUGACCUCGCUCGGAGGAACUGGUCACAUCACCUCUGGGGUUUUUUGGCGCUUCUGAUUGGACGUCGCCUCAGAUCACCUGACCUGGCCUCAUGCGAUGAUGUCACAUUUUUAUCUUUCGUCAGAAAAGACUAAAUGUUUUCAUCCUCCUCAGAAAUCUGAGGAUUGAUUAUCGAGGAUUCUGCUGGAGAAUUCAAACAGACGUUUAUCUGUCGUCCUGUGGAAAAACGGUGUGAGUUUAUCUCGGGAUUCAAACCGUUUCCAUCUCAACGAAGAUCGUUUCAGCUGCUGGAGUUUAUUUAAUCUGGACGUACGAACAAACACAGAGAAAGAUGUUUUUUAAUUUGACUGCAGGUUAACUCAUGUUUCCUCAUCCAGACGUUUUACUAACUUUUCAAUGUAGAAAAGUUGAAAUGUCCUUUGAUUUAUUGAUCUGUAAACCAGACGGAAAAUAAUGAGACUUUAUUGAGUGAGAAUCAAAGUGAAUUUACACAUUUAAUUGAAGAUGUUGUUGUUCAGACAUGUGACUCUUAUUACAAACAUCGACUGGAUCGCUUCUUCAUCUUUGUAGUUUUUUCCAUCGUUGCUGAUCUCAGAAACUUUUUUAUGAAACAUUUCAAGUAGAAAACAUUUGAACACGUGUUUGAUUUCUUUAAACAAGAACUUUUUUUUGUGAUAAUUUGAGGGACGAAGAGUCCGACGUGCUCGUCACUGAAGGACAUUCUGCAGUUUCACCAGCUACCACCGGAGUUUCAUUACUUUAUUUCCCACGUUGGAUUAUUUUCAGCGAAAGUGAUCAAAGUGUCACAUUUAGUCGUUUUGACUCUGGAGACGACUCGUUCCCUCAGUGAGCUUCAGGACCUUGUGUAUAAUCUGAAAUCAGCUCUUCUGACCUCUUGGGGAACUCGCUCCCCGUCACUGCCAUGGGGAUGUCGCAGGGCACCUACACCUUCCUGGCCUGUUUCUCCGGGUUCUGGUUGGUCUGGGCCCUCGUGGUCAUGCUCUGCUGCUUCUGCAGCUUCCUGCAGCGGCGGCUGAAGCGGCGCCGUGAGGAGCGUCUCCGGGAGCAGUGUCUACGGACUGCAGAGAUGGAGCCGCUCAGCUGUCAACCUGCAGGAUACCGGCCUCCUCCACCGCCGCAGCCGCCGCCGCCGCUGCAGCUGCCCAGAGAGCCGCCGCAGUUCUGUCCUCCUCACACCCUGUCGCCGCCACUUCCUCUGCCGGUUCCUCAUCCACUGCCACAAGCCACCUGGGUCAGCAUGCCAGACGCUGAUAUGCUCGGGAAGCCGCCCUGCUACGAGGUGGCCGUCCUGAUGGAGGAUCCUCCUCCGCCCUACAGCGAGGUCUUGGCCGACCCACGUGGGGGCACCUACCUGAAACCCGCCCCGCUUCGCGCAGCGCCACCACCUGUCAGGGAACAUCAGGAUCCCGCUCCUGUGUUCAUGUCCGAGACCAGCAAGCUUCCUGUGGCGACUGUGUUCCCUGGUCGAGGCUACUCCUCCCUGAUACGCCUGCCUUCAUCGCAGCGCUGGGACUCCCUGGGUCACCUCCUGUCCAACAUGGACUUGAACCACAACAACCUCACGCCGCCGGCGGCGCGCUCCCUGCAGGAUGCCGCCGCUAUGGCAACCAUGCCCCGCCGUGAGCCCAGGACUCAGCAUGAUGGACUUGGGAUCAGAGGCGGAAUACAAGGACUUCAAGGGGGGACACCGGGAUUCCAAGGAGAGUUCCAGGGGCUUCAGGGGGUCCACAGACUGAGGGGCCUGGAGUCCAGCUGUGGCCUUCCUACAGCCUUCCCCCUGCUGGGUCGGAGCACGGCGGUUUAGGCCUGGAUGUUUCCCAACCUGCUGCAGAGUCGGCCCGUCUCUGAAGAGCUUCACUCAGGAGAUGUUUAAUGACAGACUUCCUGUGCGCCUGCCUCCAGCCUGCUCGCUGUUUCCAGCAGCAGAAGCAGAGACUUUCAUUCCCCACAGAGAUGAAAGAGGGUUAAAGUGCUGCGAAGGUGUCAGGGGUUCAAUUCCCUGCGCUGCCCCGUGGGCGAAGCGUCACUUACUCUGCCGGUACUGUGGCUGUUGAGCUCUCUGCAUGCGUGUGUGUGGGUAAAACAGGAAAUAACACCGCUUCAAAGCGUGCUGAGUCAUGGAGGUGUCCUGGUGUCAUUUCAACCUUAAUUGAGUCGAGGUUCUUUUAAAGAGACGAGGAGGGAGGAGAGAACGAGUCGGUAACGAGGUGGAGGACGAGCGACUAAAUGAGCAACGAGUACUGCUGCUUCUGAACCUUUCAUCCACGUCCCUCCGCCUGUAUUUCCAUCGCUGCCUCCUCUUUUCAAGUGGCCCUCUCCUUCUCUCCAUCCCUCUCCUCUGUGCCCCAGCAACCUAUUGUACCAGUCUGCUGUUGCCAUGGCGCCCAGGAACUGUCUGUUGCCCACGACGACAUCCCCUCUUUUAUCUGCUCUGAUUUUUUGAACACUCUGUUCGCAGCUUGCCUCUCCUCUCAAGGACCGGGAGCAUUAACAGUAAGAAGAAGAACCGGCGCCGACCUUCGCAGACUGUUUUCACAGCCGAGGACAGAGCAGCAUUUUGUAACGCGCUGCUUAGUUAACGUCUUCUUCGACUGGUUCAGCCUGGAAGUUACGGCACUUUGGUCGCAGGAGGACGUCAACUGAGCCUAAUUUUUCACGAACAGAUUUAAUAUCAUUCCUUUUAAGCUUUGUGACAAACGCCUUCUCUCUUGUGAAAUAAAAACACCUUCACCUGCCGACCUGCUUGGUCCAGUAAUGGAAGUGGAAAAGGUUACAGGU